AUGAAAAUUUUUUGGGCAAUAAUCGUCGUAUUGCCAAUCGUAUUUAGUCAAACAAUUAUGGUGUCUCCAUCGACAGCAUGCACAUGCAAAUAAUUUUAAGAUGAAAGCGGAUGUAACAAUAAUACACUUGGAUAAUGCUAUUGGAAUCAAAAAAAUCAAAUAUGCCAACAAGCAUCUUGCGGAAAUAUUAAAUUAUAAAGCGAGUGUUUGAUAUCUAAAAAAAAUUGUUAUUGGAAUGGCCAAAGCUGUGUUGCUUUUACAUCCUGCUCAAAAUUAACUUCUCAGAUUGGAUUGAUUUGUCCCUAAUAAAAUGCCUCAUGUUAUGGCUCAAAUACUAAUUAAUGUUCAAGUAUUCUAUAACUACCAAAAUGUUAAACUUAUAAAUUAGGAACUUGUGGUUAAUAGGGAGGCUAUGGUGGAUAUGAUGGAUUGUGUGCUUGGAAUACUGCUCUUCAAUAAUGUGUUGUGGCCACUAGUUGCAGUUAAUUAUUAGAUUAAUAGGUUUGUAAUACUUACAUUUAAAAUGCCUGUACUUGGGAUUAUCUAAAUGGAGUGUGUACUUAAGCUACAUGCACAUAGUUACCAACUCAAUAAAGUUGUAAAUUCGUUGUUGCCAACUUGGAUCCAUAACAAAUAUAUCCAUGUUUUUAUUCUGGUAAUUAAUGUUAGGAUGCUUCGCUUUAAUUGUUCUAGGAUUAAAACUAAUGCCAGACUAAUACACUAUUAAAUUACAGAUGGAUUGGAACUAAGACUGAAGGUGUUUGUGUGAGUUGUGCUCAAUAAAUAUUUGAACCUGCAAAUAAGUGUGUUUGUGAGCAAUUUAUCCUCCAAUCAGCUUGCAAUUCAUCCUAAUAUUGUGUAUGGAAUGAAAAUAGUUGUUAAGACAUUCCAUGCUCCAAUAUUACUAAUUAAUUAUAAUGUAGUACCAAUAAAAAAUGCUAUUGGAGUUUAUAACUAUAAAGUUGCUAGGUCUUUUAUUCUUGCUACUAAAUAUAAGCAUUAAAUUCUUUGGCUUGUUUGGCUUAGUCAAUUAACUGUCCAAAUGAACAGUUAUCAAGCUGCAAUCCCUCUUAUGAAAUAUGCUAAAAUAUUCCUUAAUAAUUCUGUGAUGGAUAUGUUACAAGUGGGGGAGUUUGCUAUUUGGAUGAAGCUACUUCGACUUGCAAAACUUUGCAAUCUUGCUCAAAUAUAGUUGAUGAGAAGAUAUGUAAUUAACUGACAAGACUCUGCUAAUAUUCCAUAAUACUCGAUAAGUGUUAACAACUGACUUGCUCGAAUAUUAGAUCCUAGAAAUAAUGUACUUUUGUGUUCACAUCCUUAAAUGGAACAGAUAUAUAGGUAUGUGAAUGGACAAACAAUUCUUGUGCAAAUGCUAAAAAUAUUUUAACUCUUAAUGAGGCUCAAUGCAGUGCUAACUCUCAGUAUACCUAUUUGUAUACAGGAUCUAAAUGUGUAAAAUGUAUUUAAGGAUCUCUCAUAUUGCCUGAAUAAUGUUCUUGUUCAUAAUUAUAUUUGGCCCAAGAUUGUUUGGCUAAUCCAUUAUGUAGUUGGAAUGGUUCGAUUUGUUAGUAGUCAAAUUGUUUAUCCAUACCUAAUCAAGAGAUAUGUGUUCAAAAUACCAAUUGUUAAUGGACAGAAUAUGGUUGUUCCGAAUUUUAAACAUGCUUUUUGUUAGUUGGAUCGAAUCCAAAAGAAUGUAUAUCUUAAUCAAUCAAUUGCCCUUAUAGUGAUGGGGCCAAAUGCUAAAAUAAAUUCUAUUAUUCUCCAUGCCAAAGUUAUACGCAACCGGCAUUUUGUACAAAUUAAUUGGGAACAGAUGGUCUUUGUAUUUGGAAUUCAAAAAGUAGCAGUUGUUAAGUCUUAUCAAAAUGCUACUAAAUCUUAAAUUCUACUUAUUGUGGAAUAUAUUAAUACGUCUGCAAUUGGUCGAAUGAUUCCUGUAAUUAAUCAACUUGCAGCACCUAUACAACUCCAGAAUUAUGUAAAUAUUAUUAUCAAUCCCUGAAUUCAUUUACUCCAAUAGGAUGCAGAUGGAAUAUAACUACUAGUACUUGUGAACAAGUAGGUUCUAUUUUGACAUCUUAUAAUAGUGGUAAUUGUUAUACAAAUACUGCAAAAACAGCCAGAUGGAGUUAAAUAUCAAAUUAAAGCGGUGUUUGUAUCAGUUGUGGAGUUAAAUAUUUACCUAAUCCUUUAUAAUGCAGUUGUCAAUAACUUAUCUCACAAUAGAAUUGCAUUUAGAACCAACUAUGCUAUUGGAAUCAACUCUCAAUGUCUUGUUCAGAGUAUGAAUGUUAAGUGUUGCCUGAAAACCUAUGCGUUACUAGCAUGAAAUGCAUGUGGUCUAACAAAGGUUGCAUAACAUUCACUUCAUGUAAUCAAAUCAAAGGAGAUUCAAUUGAUGAAUGCUUAUCAUAUUCACUAUACUGUCCAUAUAGUCCUGCAUUGUAGAGUUGUUCAGCUCUAAAGGACAUGCCGAAAUGCGGAGACCAUUUAACGUAAGGUGUUUGUAAUUCAAUGAGACGUCAAGGCAGGUAAAUCUGCUUCUGGAACAACCAAGUUUAAAAAUGCACAGUAUUAAACAGUUGCAGAGGAUUAUCUCAAACAAGUUGCGAAUAUUAUUCAUUAUACUGUGCAUGGAUUUUCAAUCCUUAUAAUUAUGGUAAUUGUGAAGAGAGAAAAUGCUUGAAUUAUAAAUCUAAGUAUUCUUGUACGUAUGUACUGAGCAUAACUGAUCCAAAUUUAGUAUAACCUUGUCAAUGGCUGAAUGGAAAUUGUCAAGCAAUGAUUAUCCAAGAAGCCAAGGAUGCUACCACUUGUUACACUCAUUCAAAUGGUACUAGUCGCUGGACCUCAAAUGAAAUAAAUUCAGGAUUUUGUGUGCCUUGCAAUUUGCCAUCAUAUGCUGUCCAGUAUUAAAAUAAGUGCUCAUGUUCAUAAAUACUUAAUCAAAGUGAAUGUCAGUACCCUUAUUGUACAUGGUCAGACAAUUAAUGUAUUGAAAACUCUUGUUCAAGAAUUUAUAAUUAACUUGAGUGUUCUCAAUAAAGAUAAUGCUAUUGGAAACUCAGUUAUAAUGAAUGUUAUACUAUAUCAGUGUCUGUAAAUUUCUGCACAACAUUAAAAGGAAAUUCAUCUCUGGAAUGUUUUGCUUAAAGUAUUAAUUGUCCAGGCACUUUGAAUGGAAUUUGUCAAGAUAGUGCAAGUUUAUAGACCUGUAGCAGUAUAACCACCCAAGCAGCAUGUGCCAAUAGUAUUGGAUAAGAAGGAUAUUGUAAAUAUGAGAGUUAGGGAUGUAGUGUGAUUUCUUCAUGUUUAGACAUUAAAACUUACAUUUAUUGUGUUGCUAUGCAAAAAUUCUGUGUUUGGAAUACAGAAACCAAUUUAUGCUUUACCACUGCAUGUUCUAAUAUAACUGACAAAUCAGAUUGCACUUACAUUUAUGAAAGCAUGAAUAGUUCUUCAAUUUAAUUAUGUGAAUGGAAUGAGACUACUAGUUAGUGUCAAAAUGCCUCAUCACUCACUUUGGCUAAUAAAAACAUAGAAAACUGUCAUAUAGAAACUGGAGGCACUUAUCACUGGUCUAAUGCUAAAUCUAACGGAUAUUGUAUCUCAUGUUCCUUGGAUCUUAUCAAGCUACCUAACACUUGUUCAUGUGAUUAAUUAACUAACGUUGAAUGUUUAAGUGCAAAACCAAAAUGCAAAUUGAUUGAUUCAACUAGUUGUGUAAAUACUGAAUGCAUUGAUAUCUUUGAUUAAGGUAACUGCUCUACUCUACCAUAAUGUAUGUGGUAUAAUUAGGCUUGCGCAUAAUUUACUUCUUGUUCCAUUCUUUCAGGAACAACAGCUUUGGAUUGUCUGGCUUAAUCUACAAAUUGUCCAGCCAUUUCAAAUGGCAAUUGCAAAGAUAAAAAAUCUUUAGGUUCUUGCAGUUCUUAUCAAUCAGCAGCUGAAUGUACCUUAGGUACUCCAUCAUCUAAUGGAUUUUGCUACUGGCUUAAAAGUAGUGGAUGUUAGGAGUUGGUUAAUUGUGCUGAUAUAUCCUAAAUAACACAAUGCAAUGCUCUUUAUAGAAUAUGUUCAUGGAGCGAUGCAUUUAAUAAAUGCGUCCCCUUCAAAUGUCAGAAUUAUAAGAAUUAGGAUUAAUGCACAUUUGUAAUUGUUAACUUCAAAAAUUCCUAUGUUGAAUUAUGUGAAUGGUAGAAUAAGGUGUGCUAAUAAUAUAGUAGUAAAUACUAUAGAUUUGAUGAGCAAACAUGCUAUUAAAAUUCUGGACAUACCUAUAGGUGGGUUGCAGACGAGGAACGUGGUUCAAGAUGUUAAGAAUGUUAUUCAUUAUUAAUAACAAUUACAAUGGUAAUAUAUUUAAUUGCAUUUUGAGAUUAAUAUCUAUAUUAUUAUUAAG